AUAUUGAUCAAAUACGGUGGUUCAUGCACGUCGCGGAGACACGCACGCGGCACUCAACGUAAAGCGGAGACGAGACUUAGUUGAGUAUUCUCGACGACAACGAGACGAACGCGACGGAAAAAAAUUGUGUUGCGAAAAUAUGUCCGAACAACAAACGGAUUCGUACGACUCGAGACCGGUAACGUCGAAGAAGUCAGAGAGACCGCCGUUUAAAUUGUGUUUCUCGCGAAACCAGCAAAUCGGGAAAUCCGACGCUUGCAUAUCAAAAACAAACGAAAUGCGCACGCGAAGUUGCAAAUCAAUUGCAGCGGACUUCGUCACGCCGAAAUUCUACUCGAGGGAACUCGAAGACGCGCGAAAUGCGGACGUAAGCGACAUGCUCGAGAAACUCGCCACGGAACAAGACAAGAAGCCGAGGAACUUGUACCAAUUGCCGUUAUUGACUAGCCACACUUACGGUUGGUGGCACGACAAGGGGAUACAUCCGAAGGACGCGCGGUUUGACUUUCACAAGAGAACGUCCGACCUGGUGAGCUUCCAGAUGAAAAUUUACGCCGAGGAUCGAAAGUUGAAAGGCCUCAAACAAUAA